AUGCCGAAGAGAUCGCUCGCAACCACUGAUGAAGAAUUGCGAACAUGUCAUCUGCAUCAAGAAGUGCUCAUCCUGCGUACUCCGAUAGUAUACGAACGCUUCUCCAAUUGGAACCGAUUGCUGCACGCAACGGCAUAUCAUAUCGUUGACUCACUCGAGGGAUUGAAGGCAGCCGAGAUAUUGCUUUGGAAACUGAUUCAGUCUGAGGUUUACCCAGAUGAGUUGACUAUUCUUACUAAAAAUAAGACAGUACCGAUCUGUGAACGACUGAUCUUAGAGAAGUCAAGCCCUCUUCGGAUGCUUACACCGAUGCUUGAUGAUGAGGGAGUUCUCCGAGUCGACAGUCGCAUUUCUGCGGCACAAGGGGUAGCGGAAGAUGUGAAGUUCCCAGUGAUACUACCGAGAAAACACCACGUCACCAACCUUAUCGUCGAUAAUUUCCAUAGGAAGCUUCUCCAUGGAAACUCCGAAACGGUGGUCAACGAAAUCCGCCAGCAAUUCUACAUUGCACAUCUGCGCACAGUAGUUCGAGACAUCGAGAAGCGGUGUCAACGGUGCAAGGUGAUGAAAGCUAAGCCUUCAACUCCAAGGAUGGGUCCUCUUCCGGAAGCACGCUUGUCGCCUGGAGUUCGCCCAUUUACUUAUAUCGGCAUCGACUACUUUGGGCCAAUCCUGGUGAAAUACACGUUGAGGUUGCAUAUGAUUUAUCGACGAAGAGCUGUAUCGCCUGUAUACGUCGCUUCAUCUGUCGCAGAGGGUCACCGAAAGAAAUAUACUCCGACAAUGGUCGGAACUUUACCGGAGCGGAACGAAUUCUGCAAGACCAAAUCGAGCGGAUCGAGCAGGAUGCAGCUACGAUGUUCACCAACACCGAGACAAAAUGGUUCUUCAUUCCGCCUUCCUGUCCCCAUAUGGGGAUCGUGGGAGCGCAUGGUACGUUCCAUCAAGAACGCCAUGAAAAGCAUUCCCCAAGAUGACAAACUCGACGACGAAGGAUUACAAACUGUAUUGGUAGAGGCUGAAGGAAUUGUCAACUCGCGCCCGCUCACGUACCUACCACUGGACUCAGCAGAGCGAGAAGCACUCACUCCAAACCACUUCAUCUUGGGAAGCUCAUCUGGAGUAGUGCAGCCUAUAACAAAGUUAGAAGACUCUGCUAAUGAGCUUAAUGCAUCCUGGAACCUGGUCCAGAAACGUAUCGACCAUUUCUGGAGGCGAUGGGUUCGGGAAUACUUACCCACACUCACCAAACGCACUAAAUGGGUUGAAGAGACGAAGCCUGUCCAACCCGGAGACUUGGUCAUUGUGAUCGACGACAGUAGACGAAAUGGAUGGAUACGUGGACGAAUUGUAGAAGUGACUCCGGGCAGCGAUGGACGAAUCCGGCAGGCGUUGGUUCAAACAUCUAGUGGACUGUUUCGGAGACCUGUCUCAAAGCUGGCAGUGCUGGAUGUAGAUAGACUUGGUGAGAUUGAUGGUUCAAUUCAUUCUCACGGGGAGGGGAAUGUUUGCACGAUCACAGCACCGGCAACCCGGCCCACAGCGCCUUCACUGUAA